GAAACAGCGGACGGACAGCCAAGCAGCAGACAACGAGACUCGGCUUGUCGAGAUUUACACAUCCAGACGCGAGGAACUGUCGGACCCCGAGAACCAGCCUGAAAGACACGAACCCCAGCUCGGACACGAAUCGCUGAAGCGGAGGAGCGGUAGAGAAAAAAGCCAUUGGAUGUUUGAUGCGAGAGGUUGGGUGAGAGGUUGAGCACGCUAUACCACACACAGAACAGACGCGAAUCCGCAGCAAUGGCAGCAGCAGCGGCAUCAGUGGUGCCUGGCCUCGACCAGAGACCUGUGAAGAACACCAUCUGCUUGUUCGAUGUGGAUGGAACUCUCACUCCAGCUCGUCGUACCGUCUCUCCCGAAAUCCUCCAACUCCUCUCCGCCCUCCGACACAAAGUAGCAAUCGGCUUCGUCGGUGGUUCCGAUCUUGUCAAACAGCAAGAACAGCUGGGCACGGCUUCCAUCCCAGUCACGUCGCUUUUCGACUUCUGCUUCGCCGAGAAUGGCUUGACGGCGUACCGCAUGGGUGUGCCUCUGGCCUCGCACAGCUUUAUCAAAUGGAUUGGCGAGGAGAACUACAAGAAAUUGGCAAAGUUCAUCUUGCACUACAUUGCGGACUUGGACAUUCCGGUCAAGAGAGGAACAUUCAUUGAAUUCCGAAACGGCAUGAUCAAUGUCAGCCCCAUUGGCAGGAACGCCAGCGUGCAGGAGAGAAACGAGUACGAGAAGUUCGAUCUGGAGCAUGGUAUCAGGAAGAAAUUUGUGGAGGAUAUCAAGAAGGAGUUCCCGGACUUGGGAUUGACCUACUCGAUCGGCGGCCAAAUCUCCUUCGAUGUCUUUCCCCAAGGCUGGGACAAGACUUACUGCCUUCAACACGUCGAGAACGAGAAGAAUCUGCCGGGGGGAGUCGACUACACGACCAUUCAUUUCUUCGGAGACAAGACGUACAAGGGCGGUAACGACUAUGAGAUCUUUGAGGAUCCAAGAACUAUUGGGCACAGCGUCACAAGUCCGGACGAUACGGCCGCCGAGCUCAAGAAGCUUUUCGAUCUAUAGGUACCUCUUGGAAAACACAUACAUACGGCAGCUGAAAUAAAAACAAGACAGACCUGCAGUCGUGUUCUUCUCACCAUAGGUACCACCUACCUGACCUUACCUGUUCUGUUCUGUACAAUUUCGACCCCAUUUCUCUCUUGGCAUUGCCUUCUUCGGGUGGCACGGGCCGUGCAGCAUAUCAACUUCGCGUUUUCUUCAUCUUGCUCUCUCGCCCUCGCCCUCGCUACCUUGUGGCUAAGGUGUGUGCCUAUGUAGGUACGUGAACAGCUGAACUCUG